UACUGGUUCAUCACAUCAUCCUGAUUCGCGAUAAGCACUUAUUUUUGCUUUUCGAUGCAAAAAAAACUUGAUUCACACUCUAUGAAUCACCGAUAUUUCACAACCAAGAACGUGGAGGAGAAACUGUCAUCGAACGUAUUUCGUUUUGGUUUGGGCUCAAUGUUACGAUACUAUAAGUGCGAGAAGAAACAAAAAAUGAAGUGAGCGAAUUGUAUGGGGAAAGAUGUCUGGCGUGUUUUUCGAUUUAGUUGUGAUAGAAAAAUGGGGUGGUGAAGGUCCAAUGUAAUUGAUUGAGCACCAAAACAAAAGCUUAAAACAUUUCAGUCAGUUGGAAAAAAGAGACCUGAUAAGAAGCAGAUAGUAAAGAUAUACGUAUGAGUGUAAGGUGCACUUUAGUUGUAGAUGCAAAACUGAAUAAAUCCGUGUAUGAUUGUUAGUGCCGAAAGAACGACUUCCAUUAUUCAAAAUUAAAUUUAUGGUGCAAAAUUGAUGUAGCCGGUCACCAUGGGGAACAUAUUCGCGAAUCUGUUCAACAAACUGUUUGGAAACAUCGAAGAAAGAAUUGUGAUGGUUGGAUUGGAUGCUGCCGGUAAAACGACUAUUUUAUAUAAACUGAAAACAGGGGAGAUAAUAACAACAAUUCCAACGAUUGGCUUUAACGUGGAGACAAUACAAUACAACAACGUUAGUUUCAAUGUGUGGGAUUUAACAAGUGCGGAUAAGCUUCGACCACUGUGGAAGCAUUACGUCCAGGAAGCGCGAGGUGUCAUCUUCGUAGUAGACAGUAACGAUCGGGAACGGAUUAGUGAAGUAGAUUAUGAAUUGAAGCGAAUGCUGUCAGAGGAAGAAUUCAAAGAUAUGAAUUUGCUGAUAUUCGCCAACAAACAAGAUCUACCGGGAGCGAUGAGCGUAGCCGAAAUUAUCGAAAAGCUGAACUUGAACUCCCUGCAAAACCACAACUGGCACGUUCAGACGACUUGUGCACUCAGCGGCAAAGGGCUUUAUGAGGGGCUCGAUUGGCUGUCCAGGGAGCUGUUGAAUGCGAGACGCAAUGGGGGUGUUCAUGACUAAGAAAACUUCACAGUCUUAAAAUUAUUCAAAAAAUAAUGUUUCUUAGAUGAGGUACCUACUGUUUUAGGCAUAUUAAUUUUACCUGGUAGAUUUCAUACAUACAUACUAAUAAUCAACUUAACCCUGUUUUUAAAUGAAUGUAAGAUUGUGUUAUAUAAAUUAGAUACAUUAAGUUCAGAUACGCCAUGCGAACAAAGACAAAACAAAUUCUCUGUUUGGUUAGAACUAAUUUAGACGACUUAAAAACGAACUAGGGGAGAUAAGGCCAAACGAGCACCGGGGCGUAGUAACCACUCCACUUUUCCACGAAAGUACGAAUUUUAUAAAAUAAAUUU